AGAGAGAGGGAGAGGGAGAGAAGAGAGAGAGAGAGGGAGAGAAGAGAGAGAGAGAGGGAGAGAAGAAGACAGACAGACAGAGGGAGGGAGAGAGAGAGAGACAAACAGAGGGAGGGAGAGGGAGAGAGAGGGAGAGAGAGAGACAGAGGGAGAGAGAGAGACAGAGGGAGAGAAAGAGACAGAGGGAGAGAGAGGAAGAGAGACGGUGAGAGGGAGAGAGAG